ACCAAACCCUAUUAGUGAAGAAGAAUGGAUGAAAACGAAAUCGAAAUCGAAUUCCUCCUCUUCCUCCGACUCGUUUGGCCCAUUAAGCGAUUGGGCUGAACGAAGGGCCCAUCUCGCCGCGAUUGCAUACCCCUCAAAAACCCUUCUUCUCUCCCCAUCGCAUCUCUCCGACGCCGCCAUGGCCGCCGCACGCUCCCGCGCCGCCGCAGCGUGGGCCCGGCUCAUUUCCCUGCGACCGCACCACCACGCCGGCUCCAGCCCUCUUCCCCACCACCACCUCCUAGGCUCGCGGAUCAUGCCCCCGCGCCGCCACUUGGCCUUCUCCGCCUCCGCGGGGGGCGCCAGGUCCCACCAGCAGAUCCAGAGCGAGCGGGUCGUGCACGAGCUUCUCGCCGAACUCGAGCGCGAGCGCCAGCGGGACCGCCGCAAGGAAGGCAAAGAGCAGGAGGAUGACGGGGAGGAGGAAGACUAUUUGGGCGUCAAGCCGCUGAUCGAGAAGCUGGAGCGCCGCAAGGCCAAGGAGGCCGCCGCCGCGGACGAAGGCUUCUGGGAGCCCACCGACUCGGACAGCGACGAGGACGACGAGCGCUACACACCCGACGCCAUCAAGAGACGCGUCGACGAGUUCGAACGCAAGUGCAAGCGCCACUCCGAGCUCCUCAGCUCAUUCGCAGAGGCCGAAACCAUCGACGAAGCUCACAAAUGGAUGACAAAAAUCGACAAAUUCGAGGAGCGACAUCUGAAACUGCCACUGGAGUACAGGGUUAUUGGUGACAUGAUGAAUCGCCUCAAGCAUUCCACAGGGAAAGAGCGCUUUGUUCUCCUCCAGAAGCUGAAUCGGGCAGUUAGGCUUAUGGAAUGCAAGGAGGCCUAUGACCCUAAUAACCCCGCAAACUUUGGGACCAUUCAGCACCAGCAGGUUGGUUCUCCAGAGGAUCUGGUGCUCAAUGCUGGGUUUGAUAAGGAGAAGCAGAUGAUCCAAGGGUCAGAGCUCGAAGAGGACGAUGAGGAAUUCAAUGAAGCAAAGGAGAGGGAUGAUAUGCUCAUAGAGAAACUCAAUGCCAUCGAAAAGAAGAUUGAGGACAAGUUGGCAGAGUUGGAUCAUACCUUUGGUAAGAAAGGCAGAGUUUUGGAAGAGGAAAUAAAGGAUCUCGUGGAGGAGCGGAAUUCCCUAUCCGAGAAAAAGAGGAGACCUAUGUACAGAAAAGGUUUUGACGUGAAAGUUAUCGAUGUUAACCGGACGUGUAAGGUCACAAAGGGAGGCCAAAUAGCAAAAUUCACAGCAUUAUUAGCCACUGGAAACUACCAUGGUGUUGUAGGUUUUGCAAAAGCUAAAGGCCCAACAGCCAAGAUUGCAAUACAGAGGGCAUACGAGAAAUGCUUCCAGAAUCUCCACUACAUGGAACGGUAUGAGGAUCACACAAUUGCUCAUGCUAUCCAGGCCAAAUAUGAGAAGACAAAGAUAUACCUCUGGCCCGGACCAAUGAGAAGUGGAAUGUCGGCUGCUGGUAGAACUGUUGAAACAGUGUUGUACUUGGCUGGUUUCAGCAAUGUUAAAUCAAAGAUUAUUGGAUCAAGGAACCCUCUUAAUGUUAUUAAAGCUCUCUUCAUAGCAUUAAACGCUAUUGAAACACCCAAAGAUGUCCAGCAGAAGUUUGGACGAACUGUUGUGGAGUCGUACUUGUUGUAGCCAUCUGAUUGUUUGGAGGAGGUGAGGCCAGCCCUUGCUGGCUUAGGCGUGGGAAGACAAUGGCAUGUGUAACCACGAGAGCUCUCUUUGUUUUGGCGAUUUCAAUCAUUUGUUCAGAAGGCAGUAAGGCCCAACACACUUGUGAUGAGAGAGUGUGUUUUGAAGAGAUACAUACUUCUAGUGGCAACGGUAACCAGAUCACAACAGAUGGUACUCUCUGGUGUCUUUCUAGUGGUGAACCUGAGGACACAUUUGAGGGUUGUUGUUUUGCGACCUCUUGGUAUGAGCUUUCUUGGUUUCUUCUUGUCCCUCCAUGCUGUUGUGUGUGGAUGACAGAGACGGGUUAAUUGAAGAUUAUUUUCAUAACUUGGUGUAAGAAAAUAAGUCAUCUGCCUCUUGGUUUGCUAUUUGAUGGGGAAACAGUUGGUUGUGUGAAACUGGAGUAUCAAGGAUUUGAUGAUUUGCGCAGCAUUAGGCAGUAUCCUGGCAUCGAUUUGUAAAGGGAAAUUUACGAAAGAGAUAGGACUUUGUAUUUCAAUCU